AACCUGACUCCAAGCUAACCCAAUUUAGUCAAUAGAGCUCCAGGCCGGUAACUGGAAAUGCCUUGGGAGCUCCAGCAGCCCGGCUUACGACAAAAUGGAUCUGUUAUACAUUUCCACUAACCGAAGAGCUUGUUGUUUUGGGUGCGAUGAUCUGGACUAAAGGACACGUUGUUCGAGCAAGGCUGGCGAAACACCCACCCGCCUUAAGCUAACUAGCUCUGUGGCAUUAGCCUCACUGGCCGGCUCGGGAAAUAUUACACCCCGCUUCAGGACACCUUUUCUGCCUUUUUCUAUUUGGACGGCAACAAGAGGAGUGUGAGAUGCACUGGGGUGUAUUGAAUACCGUGCUCUAACGCGUUGGUCUUUUCGUGGGCUCGCGAUCAACGGCUGCAUUGUUCCCCCCCUCCUGCUUCCUCUCCUCAUGUUUGAAAUGGAGACCCACGUUUCGUGCCUUUUCCCCGAGAUCCUAGCCAUCAUCUUCAGCUACCUGGACGUGAAAGACAAAGGCCGGGUGGCCCAAGUGUGCGCGGCCUGGAGGGACGCGUCUUACCACAAGUCGGUGUGGCGGGGGGUGGAAGCCAAGCUGCAUCUACGCCGGGCCAACCCUUCCCUCUUCCCCAGCCUGCAGACCAGGGGUAUCAAAAAGGUCCAGAUCCUCAGCAUGAGACGCAGCCUGAGCUACGUGAUCCAGGGCAUGCCCCAUAUCGAGAGCCUGAACCUGUGCGGCUGCUUCAACCUGACGGACAACGGCCUUGGCCACGCCUUCGUGCAGGACAUCCCUUCGAUGCGGGUCCUCAACCUGAGCCUGUGCAAGCAGAUCAGCGACUCAAGCCUGGGGCGCAUCGCCAAGUACCUGAAGAACCUGGAGGUGCUGGAGCUGGGUGGGUGCAGCAAUAUCACCAACACGGGGCUCCUCCUGGUGGCCUGGGGCUUGCACCGGCUCAAGAGCCUCAACCUGCGCAGCUGCCGCCACGUGUCAGACGUGGGCAUCGGGCACCUGUCGGGCAUGACGCGCAACGCGGCCGAGGGCUGCCUGGCAUUGGAGAAGCUCACCCUGCAGGACUGCCAGAAGCUCACCGACCUGUCGCUCAAGCACGUGGCCAUGGGCCUGGGUGGGCUCAAGGUGCUCAACCUGAGCUUUUGCGGCGGCAUCUCCGAUGCCGGCAUGAUCCAUGUGUCGCGCAUGAGCCGGCUGGGCAGCCUCAACCUGCGCUCGUGUGACAACAUCAGCGAUGCGGGCAUCAUGCACCUGGCCACGGGUUCACUGCGUCUAUCAGGCUUGGACGUGUCCUUCUGCGACAAGAUUGGUGACCAGAGCCUGGCGCACAUUGCGCAGGGCCUCUACCGGCUCAAGUCGCUGUCACUGUGCUCGUGCCACGUGAGUGACGACGGCAUCAACCGCAUGGUGAGGCAGAUGCACGAGCUCAAGACGCUCAACAUCGGACAGUGCGUGCGCAUCACCGACAAGGGCCUGGAGCUCAUCGCAGACCACCUGACGCAGCUGACAGGCAUCGACCUGUACGGAUGCACCAAGAUCACCAAAAGGGGCCUGGAGAGAAUCACGCAGCUGCCCUGCCUCAAGGUGCUCAACCUGGGCUUGUGGCAGAUGACGGACAGCGAACGCAUCAGGUGAAAACAAUCUUCCACGGAUCGCAAACUCUCGAGGGAGAAAGUGGUGAAAUGUUCUCGCGGUUCUGGGUUUCAAUCUCGGGUCCACCCCCCGGCCUUCGUAUUUGCAUUUGUUUUAUCCAGGUACUCCGGCUCCCUCACACAACCCCAAAACGCGUUAACUUCAUUGAAGACUCUAAAUUGUCCCUAUGUGUUGUUUGUCUUCAGUAUAUGUACCCUGCGAUUGGCUGGCAACCAGUCCAGGGUGUGCCCCAACUCACCUAGGCAUGGGCCAAUAUUACAUUUUGACGAUAUGACCAUGUGCACAAAUAUCGCGGUAACAUAGUAUUAAAAUUGCUGCUCUAAAAUUAUUGAAAUAUUUAGGUAAAUAAAAACAUAAUUCUCCUCUAUUUUAAUAGUCUUUAUGUUCUAACAACAAAAUAAAAAAAAUGAGUACAGAAGAAAUAUGUAUCAUGUUUAAGUAAUUGUUUUAAAUCUUCUUAGUUGCAGUGUCCUUUCACGUGAGCUAUUUUAGAACAAACCCGUGGACUACAUGUUGUCCUUGGGGCUAACUAGUACCAAUUGGCACUUUUUUUAAGGACAUUGCACAUUAACGACCUGAACCCCCUGUCAAAGUAGUAAUUGACCCAUGCCUACCUGUGAUCUUAAUGACUAGAAGCGCUAUAGAAAAUUGACUUUUUUUUUUUUUUUUUUAGUUUCAACAGCACGGUGAGCUGGCGCUUAUUCAGGGUUCAAAUGUCAGCUCCGUCCUUCCUAUGUGUUCUCCUCAUGCUUGCUUCCUUUUUUGCCCACAUUUCAAAAAUAUCCAUGUCAAUUGAAGACUAAAUUGUCAGGUUUUUUGUAUACAAUGUAUGUGCCCUGAAAUUGGCUGGCGACCAGUCCAGGGUGUGCCCCGCCUCUCGCCCAAAGCCACCUGGGAUAGGCCAGAGCAACUUAAUCAUGUGUCCAGUUAUUUAGCUACCUCUCCCACACAGCAGUGCCUACAGCUCAGCACUAGAUUAUGACAUCACAUCAUUUUUGCAACUCUAGCACAAAUUCUGAUUUUAUACAAACUAAAAAGAUUUAUGGUAAUAAUAAUAAUCGGUAGGUAUUUUUAUUCUUAAGUCUGGCAUAGCUGCUGGAAUUUUUACUCUUUUUUUGGCUGAUGUAUUUUUUUUAAAAAGUAAUAUUUUUUUGUAUGCUAUAAUUUUGUACUUCAAAUUGAAGUUGUUUAUACAUUGUGUAAAAUGCGGCCACAGUGUUCCAAGAGGGCGCCACACCAAAAAAAAAAAUCCCUGUGCCACAGUACUACAGCCUUGACUUGACGGCUGAAAGGCUUUAUGCAACAAAGAAGCAAAAAAUAAAAACUGUUCAGUGGAGUUUUCUCAUAAGGAGCUUUAAAUGAUAGUCUUGAGUAUUUUUUUCAUGUAAAAACAAAACAGUAAUUUAAGAUGUUUUAUAUUCAUACUGUAGUGAUAUUUAUGAAUAAAGAUGGCAAAUAUGUUUCAA